GAGGAUGGCUUAAAAGGAGACAUUGUUCCAGAGCAUCAUCCUGUGGUGCAUCACUCCCCUCACGCUGCAUUCAGAGGUUGAAUCCACAUUGUAAAGAUGCCUGAGCAGGAGAAAAAGUCCAAGAUUUCAGCCUCCCGCAAGCUGAUGCUAAAGAGCCUGAUGGUUGCUAAAGCUAAAGAGGAGCUGGAGCAGGAGCUGAUAGAUAAGGAGGAGGAGAAGCAGAGGUAUCUGGAUGAGAAAGUCCCUGCCCUACAGACCAGCGGCAUGUCCUUCGCGGAGCUCCAGGAACUAUGUCAAGAGCUUCAUGCCAAGAUAGACGUGGUGGAUGAAGAGCGCUACGACAUUGAAGCCAAAGUGUUGCAUAACACCAGAGAGAUAAAAGACCUAAACAUCAAAGUUCUGGACCUGAGGGGGAAAUUCAAGCGGCCUAACCUGAGGAGGGUGAGGGUCUCAGCAGACGCCAUCCUGCGCUCACUCUUGGGCUCUAAACACAAAGUGUCUCUGGACCUUAGAGCGAACCUCAAAUCAGUCAAGAAAGAGGACACAGAGAAGGAAAAGACAGUGGAAGUAAGUGACUGGAGGAAGAACGUGGAGGCCAUGUCUGGAAUGGAGGGCCGCAAGAAGAUGUUUGAUGCCGCCAAGGGGCCGACGCAGUGAACGAGUCAUGGAGCUGAGACUGAGGAGGUUGAGAUGCUGAGAUGCUGAUCUGCCUUUUGAAGCCAUGCAUUACUAACUACACAUUAUUUAUGUUUAUAAAUGUAGUAUUCUUACUGU